AUGUCCGUGCAAGCCUCGGACUUCUCCAUCCUCGUCAUCGCCCUCGUCACCCUCCUCACCAUCACGCGGACGACAUACAUGCCCAACGCCUCGACGUGGCGGAAAGUGGCCAUCUGCGUCUCGGUGUGGGUGGUGCCCUUCGUCACGGCGACGAUCGCGACGUCCAUGGGCAAGAUGGGCCCCGUGAGCGGCAACUGGUGCUGGAUUGUCAGCUCCCAGACGGGGCUGCGGUACGCGCUGACGCACGGGUGGAGGAUCGCCAUCAUCUUCUUCACGGCGGGCAUCUACAUCUUUGUGUGGUGGUACAUGAACCGCCACUUCCGGUCCAUGGUCAGCACGACCCUCACCGACCUCAGCGGCGCGACGGAGCGCUCGCGGCGCCGGCGCAAGGGCUUCAACAGGAUGGGCGACGGCGACGCCCGGGAAGAGGACGAGCACCAGGACACGGAAUUAUCCACCGUCAGCAAGUCGAGGAUAUCCAGGGUGCUGGAGGACCAGUGGGAGAUGUCGGCCCCCGAGGCGGCGUACGUGAGGACCAACGAGGACGACGGACAGGAGGAGGAGCUCACACCGGGGGGCCGAAAGAGGUCACGGCGGAGCAGGGCCAGCUCGAUAUGCUCCGUGUCGGACUCGGACGAGGACUACAACGACAUCCACGACCGCAUCAUCGAGGAGGAGACGGCGGCGGGCCGGGGACAGCAGCAGCAGCCGCCGACGAUGAAGACGACUGCCAACCGCAAGGCGCCGCCGCCAGCCCUAAACGGCGGCAAGUUCGACGCGACGGCGACGACGGACAGCGAGUUCCCGCAGCGGCGGCAGACGCGGCAGAUGGAGCGCGAGAUCAAGCGCAUGCUGCUGCUCAACGCGUACCCGAUCAUGUACGUGAUACUGUGGAUCCCGGGGCUGGUCAACCGGUUCAUGGAGGCGACGGGCAACACGUCCCAGAGCAGGGUGCUGGCGGCGCUGCAGUCGAGCAGCCAGUUCGUCGGCCUGGCGAACGCGUUGACGUACGGGUUUAAUACGGCGCUCAGGAAGAAGAUCAAGGUCUGGUGGCGGAGGAAAGGGAGGAAGGGGAGGUCUGACCGGAGGCGGACCAGGGCCUGA